GACACGGCGAAAGGUCCCUGCAGCAGUCUGGGAAGUUUAGAGCUGCACAGUUUGGAGAUUUGUCAGUUGUUUGGUAUUAUAUACUGAAGCCUGGGACAUGACAGAGACGACGUCACUGUGAAACAGCUGCAGUUUAUUCAACAAGGCUACACCAUCCUCUCCACCUGAACCCUUAUCUUGGCGCUGUCAUGUCGGUGUCCCUGUCCAGCAUCCCUGUAGUGCUGAAGGACAAGACCUGCUACCAAGCCGGCAUGCUGAAGGGCAGCCCGGCCCGAGGCUUCUACCCUGCCCCUCUCCCGGGCCCCCACCCUUACAUGGACUUCUUCCCUCGGACUCACAGCCUCCUCCACCCGCUCAAGUCCCUCGGCCGCCUGGUGUCGGACACCCAGACGUCCCUUCCGCUCAGUCUGCACGGAGGAGCCCCUCCGUUACCGCAUCACGCCUCGGUCCUGCACGAACACAUGUUGAGCGCCUCCGGGAUCCCCUACCUGAGCCAGAUGAUGCCGGGACUCCCGCUGUGCGCCAAACCGGAGGAGCUGGCUGCUGUGGUGACGGAGCACGCAGCCGGUCCGCUGUCCUCUGACUUCAGCAGCCCGUCCAGUGAGAGGUCCUCCUCUUCCUCCCUGUCUUCCUCCGCCAACACACCGCCUAAAGAGGCUUUGUUUCGGCUCCGGAGCGCAGAGAUGUCGCCGGAAAAAGCGCGCACGUCUUUUAAUUUCAGCGAGGAUGACUUGUUCAUGGUGCUGUACGGGUACUCCGGCAGCCAGGAGCGCAGCUUGGGGCACGCUAUAUCCGGACUGACCCUGCCUGAGAAGACAGUGUCUGACUCUCACAUUCUCCCUCUGGACAAAGAAACUCUUGAACUUCCAGAAGGGUUGAACAUCGUGCAGGCAGCUUGGGGAAACGUCUCCCACUGUGGAGUUUUCACAGACAAGAGCAGCAUCCCCAAAGGGACGCGCUUCGGCCCUUUCCAAGGAAAACUGGUGAACACCAGCGAGAUUAAAACAUACGAUGACAACACCUUGAUGUGGGAGGUGUUUGAAAACGGACGGCUGAGUCAUUUCGUGGACGGCAGAGGAGGCUCAGGAAACUGGAUGUCUUUAGUGAAGUGUGCUCGUUUCCCAGAGGAGCAGAACCUGAUUGCUGUGCAGGUCCAGGGUCAGAUCUUCUACGAGGCCUGCAAAGAGAUCCGGCCCGGGCAGGAGCUGCUGGUGUGGUAUGGAGACUGCUACAUGCAGUUCCUCGGCAUCCCUCUGACCCUGAAGGACCCCAGAGAGGACAACACUGUGGUCCCCCCAGCUGAAGAUUCAGGUGAGGGGUUCAAGUGUGACAGAUGCGGGAAGGUGUUCGCCUACAAGUACUACAGAGACAAGCACCUGAAGUAUACGCGCUGCGUGGACCAGGGCGACAGGAAGUUCCCGUGUCACCUCUGCAACAGAUCCUUCGAGAAGAGAGACAGAUUAAGGAUCCACAUUUUGCACGUGCACGAAAAACACAGGCCUCACAAGUGCUCAGUGUGUGGAAAGAGUUUCUCCCAGUCGUCCAGUCUCAACAAACACAUGCGUGUGCACUCUGGAGAGCGGCCAUACAAGUGUGUCUACUGCAAUAAGGCCUUCACCGCCUCCAGUAUCCUGCGCACACACAUCCGGCAGCACUCCGGAGAGCGGCCCUUCAAGUGUAAGCACUGCGGGAAGGCCUUCGCGUCACACGCCGCCCACGACAGCCACGUUCGGCGGACCCACGCCAAGGACAAGCCCCAUCCCUGCGACCUGUGCGGGGCCUCUUUCCAGGAGGAACAGGAGCUGAAAUAUCACAUGAAGAGUCACAAAAAGAGGCAAAUCCUGGACAGCACAGUUCUUCCGUCUCCUCCAGGGAGUGUGUUACAGGAGGACUCCGUGUUUCCAGUGAAGGACAAUCCAAAGCUACAGAAAAACGCAGGACAAAACUGUCCUUACACCGGGUUAACUGUUUUAAACCCAGAGUAUCGGCCCUGGAACUAAAUCCUGAAAAAAAGAUCCACAUUAAUUGUGUGUAAAACUUCAUGGGAUUUAAUAUAUCAAUAACACCACAUCUAUACAGGAACAUAGUGGUAAUACCAUGAGAGGUAAAAAAAAUGUUUUUUUUUCUUUAUGUAAAUGCUGCUAAAGGAAAAAAUAAAUUCUAUAAUGGGCCUUUUUACAUGGGCUCGUCAUAAUUUAAAUUGUUAGCUAAAAAAUGUGUCUAAAUCUAUUUAUAAUAUGUUAAAUAUGUUGUCUGUUUUGUGGCUUAAAGCUUUCACUCUGCAAUUGUGUUGUAAACCCAAUGUGAUUUCAUAAUAAUUAUAAUAUAAACUAUUAUUAUUAUUACUAUUAUUAUUAUUACACUGGGUUUCUUGCAUCAACAAAACGCUUGAAAAGCAAAGCUAUUUUUUAUUAUUGUAAAUUCAAGCCUAUUUGUGUAUAAAAUAA